AUGACGACACUUCUCUCUGUCUAUAUCUCUCGGUCAAACAGAAAUCUUAUUUGUCUGAAACUAACCAAAACGCCACCGUUUUUACCGUCCCGGUCCUCUAGCACGAGGCCCACGAGGCACGAGCAAUCACUUGACGUUCCGUCUCCGGUGAAGACAAACUUCCACGGCGCCGGUCUAGUGAGAUCUCCGGCGUUUGCCGCUCUUCCACAGCGGCGAACACACCGAGUUCCACUUCCCCGACAGAUUCGUGCUGUGAUCAGCCGGGAAGAAAAAGCGGUGGAUCAAGAAGGAGAAAAAAGUAGUAAAAAACCACAACUUGUAAAACAGAACACAAGUGGCUUGUUUCCAUGGCAGAGAUCUAAGUAUUCGGGAUCAAAGACUGUAACGGCGAUGGUGAAGAUCAGGAAGAAGAUGAAGGAGAAGCUACUGGAGAGGUUCGAACAUCAAUUAGAACUUCUCAUGAAAGCGAUCGGUCAAGGGCUGUUGAUUCAGCUCGUUAGUGAAGACAUCGAUCCUCAAACUGGUACAGGCAGGAGGAGUUCAGAAACUCCAGUGCUUGGACUCCCAAAGGCUCUGAACAAUCCAAGAUUCCUCGAAUUCACUGCCGAUUUCACAGUCCCUACUGACUUUGGUAAACCUGGUGCCAUUCUUGUCACCAAUCUCCUUUCCUCGGAGAUUUGCUUGUCUGAGAUUAUCAUCCGUGAUUCCGGUGACACCAUUCUCUUCCCUGGUAACACCUGGAUCCAUUCCAGGAAUGAUAAUCCUCGAGGCAGGAUUAUCUUCAGAAGUCAACCAUGCCUACCUUCACAAACUCCGGCUGGGAUCAAAGAACUACGUGAAAAGGACUUAGUCAGUGUCCGUGGUAACGGAAAAGGCGAGAGAAAACCGCAUGAGAGGAUUUAUGAUUACGAUGUUUACAACGAUUUGGGCGAUCCACGUAAAAAAGAUCGAGUUAGGCCUGUUCUCGGUGUUCCAGAGACGCCGUAUCCAAGACGCUGCAGGACUGGCCGGCCUCUCAUUUCAAAAGAUCCACCGUGUGAGAGCAGAGGAAAAGAGAAGGAAGAGUUUUAUGUUCCGAGAGACGAAGUUUUCGAGGAAAUCAAAAGAGACACUUUUACAGCUGGGAGAUUUAAGGCUCUCUUUCACAAUCUCGUGCCAUCGAUUGCAGCAGCAUUGUCAAACUUAGACAUUCCCUUCACAUGCUUCUCGGAUAUCGAUAGAUUAUACAAAUGUGACAUUGUCUUGAGACCUAGUGAACCAAAAGACACAGGCCUUGGCGGCUUUCUUGGCGGUUUCAUGGAUGGGAUACUCAACGUUGGCGAAACACUGCUGAAAUACGACACUCCUGCCGUUAUAAAAUGGGACAGGUUUGCGUGGCUGCGAGACAAUGAAUUUGGACGUCAAGCUCUUGCUGGUGUCAACCCUGUGAACAUCGAGCUGCUCAAGGAGCUGCCAAUUCGAAGCAAGCUUGACCCCGCCAUAUAUGGAUCUCCAGAAUCUGCUCUCACAGAAGAAGUGAUAGCUCGAGAAGUGGCACACUAUGGAAUGACUAUAGAAAAGGCGCUCGAGGAGAAGAGAUUGUUUCUCGUGGAUUACCAUGACAUGCUCUUGCCAUUUGUAGAGAAGAUCAACUCUAUCAAAGAGGAUCCAAGAAAGACAUAUGCUUCCAGAACAAUUUUCUUCUAUUCAAAGGCGGGCGCUCUAAGGCCGUUGGCCAUAGAGCUCUCGUUGCCUCCUUCAGCGGAAUCCGAGAACAAGUUUGUUUAUACUCACGGACAUGAUGCUACUACUCACUGGAUUUGGAAACUAGCCAAAGCUCAUGUCUGCUCAAAUGAUGCUGGUGUUCACCAACUAGUGAACCACUGGCUAAGGACUCACGCUUCCAUGGAGCCUUACAUCAUUGCUACUAAUAGACAAUUGAGUACUAUGCAUCCGGUAUACAAGCUGCUUCACCCGCAUAUGCGCUACACGCUAGAAAUCAAUGCACGUGCGCGUAAAAGCUUAAUCAAUGGAGGAGGAAUUAUCGAAAGUUGCUUCACUCCCGGAAAAUACGCAAUGGAACUAAGCUCUGCAGCAUACAAUAGUAUGUGGCGGUUUGACAUGGAAGGACUUCCUGCCGAUCUUGUUCGGAGGGGAAUGGCAGAGGAGGAUUCUUCGGCCGAAUGUGGCGUGAAGCUUGUGAUCGAAGAUUAUCCAUAUGCAGCAGACGGUCUUUUAGUAUGGAAAGCCAUCAAGAACCUAGUUGAAUCAUACGUCAAACACUUCUACGCUGAUCCCAAAUCGAUAACAUCUGACUUUGAGCUCCAAGCUUGGUGGGAUGAGAUCAAGAACAAAGGUCACUACGACAAGAAAGACGAGCCGUGGUGGCCCAAACUCAACACAACACAAGACCUGUCCCAAAUCCUAACCAACAUGAUAUGGAUCGCCUCGGGUCAACACGCCGCCAUUAACUUUGGCCAGUACCCGUUCGGAGGGUAUGUCCCGAACCGACCUACGUUGUUGAGGAAACUUAUACCGCACGAAAACGACCCGGACUACGAAAUGUUCAUGAGAAACCCUCAAUACAGCUUUCUAAGCUCUCUACCAACACAACUUCAAGCAACAAAAGUGAUGGCGGUUCAAGAGACGCUCUCGACGCAUUCCCCUGACGAAGAGUACUUGAUCGACCUGAGAGAAGUUCAGAGACGUUGGUUUCAAGAUGAGGAAGUGGUAAAGUAUUUUAACAAGUUCUCGGAGGAAGUUGAGGAGAUAGAGAAGAAGAUCAACGAGAGAAACAAAGAUAAGAAACUCAAGAACAGAACAGGAGCUGGAAUGCCUCCUUACGAGCUACUUCUUCCUACUUCACCACAUGGAGUCACUGGUCGUGGUGUCCCAAACAGCAUUUCCAUUUAG